AUCAAGGCGGACUUAGUUUGUUCAUAAGGCGGAAAGAAGAAAAAGACGGACUUGGUUUACGGGUUCAUCAAAUAUAUUCUCAACUAAACCCAACAUUUAAGAAGGUGUUUUCGGUUUCUUAAUUGCUUUCGAUACAUUCUACAAACCUUCGCCAAUUCAUUCUCUCUUUUACAAAUUCUUGCUUAUCGAUACUACUGCUCUGCAUUGACGUUUGGCGGCGCCCGCCGCAGGAUUAGGGUUUGCCUUUCUUCGGACUAAUUUCUUUUUCCUUGAUUCAUUCUGGGUCAGUCGGUUUUAGUGUCUUCUCUCUUUGAUUGUUGCUCUCUGGACAUAUAUGUUGUUAUUCAGCUGUUGGGUAAUUCAUCGGACUGCGUUCUGUGUUUUCUGGCAAUGUUUUUUUAUUAGGGUUUUCUUUCCUGCAAUGAGUUUCUAACUGUAACACCAAGUAUUCAAUCUUCUUCACGCCUUUGUUCAAGGUGGGGAGGGAGAAAUAUUGUUAAUUUCUUGGAGUGAAGAGAGAACAACCCUAGUGACAGUAGUGUGGAGGUUGAUUUCAGAGGGAGGACUGUAAUUGAAGGAUAGGCAGUUUUGGAUUCACAUUAUAGGUAGUGUAGAUUGAUGUUAUAAGAAUCAUCUGCAAACUUCUUCGAGACAUUGGGACUUGGGAGUGUUUAAUGACAGUGAUUCCGAAACACCAGUUAUAUAUAUGACUAUACAUUUAUUUUCUUUAUGAUACUCGGCAUUAAAUAUGGAAAAAAGUGAGCAGACAUUGAUACCCGAGUGGUUGAAAAGUAGCGGAAAUGCUACUAGUGGAUUCACAAUAACCAACCAAAUUCUGUCGUCUACUGUGUUGAACAAAGAUGAUCAUGGUUCAGCGAUGCAAUCGAGAAAUAGGGUAUCUGCUAGUGUAAAUAAUCAAGACUCAGGGCGUUCAUCUUUUUCUGACAGAGCUACAUCCUCAUACUUGCGUUGGGGUUCUAAUAAUAAUGGUUCUGAUCAUGGGAGGAGUCACAAUAGUUUUGGUAGUAGAAACAAUCGGUAUAGAGAAUGGGAUAGUAGGGAUCAGGAGAAAUCAAAUUUGAGUGACAUUAGGCGACAUGACUAUUCCAAUCAGUUGGAUAACAUAUUUCCAGUCAGGCCUUACAAGGAUUUGAGACGCUCACAGUCAUUAGCAAAUGGCAGAGGAUUUCAGCCCUUGUCUGGAAAGUUAGCAAGUAACUUGAGCAAUAAUUCUAAACGUGUGAUAAAUACAGUUCACAAGAAUCAAUUUGAGAGGGAAUUUCCGUCACUAGGCACAGAUGAGAGGCAAUUGAAUCCUGAUAUGAGAAGAGUUUCAUCUCCUGGAUUGGGAUCAGCCAUCCAAAGCUUGCCGGUUGGCGUUUCAACUUUGAUUGGAGGUGAUGGUUGGACAUCAGCGCUGGCAGAGGUGCCUGUAAUAGUAGGAAGUAAUGGAUCUUCUGGAGCUUCUCCUCAAUCCAUUCCCCCAAAUAUGACUUCCAUUGCUUCAAGCACAGUUGUGGGGCUUAAUAUGGCUGAAACUGUGGCUCAGGGGACUCCUCGUGGCAAUAGUACCUUACAGUUACCAUCUGGAAAUCCAAGACUGGAUGAGCUGUCCCUUAAGCAAUCUAGGCAAUUAGUUCCCUUGAAACCAACUCCUAAAUCCUCUGGCCUCAAUUUAACUGACAAAUCCAAAGCUAAGAUUUCACAUCCGCAUCAGGUUUCAUCUCAAGUUGCCAAUUUUUCCAGUGUUGGAAAGCUUCAGGUGCUUAAACCGUCUCGAGAACGGAAUGAGGUUCCUCCUCCGACAAAAGACAGCGUGAGUCCCCCACCAACUGUCUCUCUCCCAUCGAGGACCAGCCCGGGCCCAACAGUGUCGGAAAAGAAUGCUAAUGCUCAGAGCAGAAAUGAUUUCUUCAAUUCAGUAAGAAAGAACUCAAUGACAGUCCCUUCUUCUUCGCCUUCUGCUGUUGUUGCCUCUGCAAAUAAAAACAAUGAAGAUGAAGAAGAAGUUGUUGCUGGCAAGAUAGCAGGGGGGAAUGAAGAUGCUCUUGGAAAGGAAAUCACCUCGGUUGGGAAUAAUAAUGUGGUCAAGGAAGAACCAAAGAAUGCUGCUGCAAAGGCUGAAGAAUCUGUCGAAAACGGAAAGAUUCUUCAUUCGGAAGAGGAAGAAGUUGCAUUUAUGCGUUCACUUGGUUGGGAGGAGAGUAAUUACAAUACUGAAGAUGAUGAAGGUCUUACUGAGGAAGAGAUCAGUGCUUUCUUCAAGCACAUUAAUGAGCAUCUUACACUGAGAUCGUCGUAUCAAACAGCUUGUCGAAGAUUGCAGUCAGUGUUGGGUUAUGCUACUUGCCCUCAAUCUAGCUCACCUCGAUCCUCCCAUGUCGAUUCCUAAUUUGACCGAGGAGUUUUUUUUUAAGUAGAACUGGAAACAACAACGUUUUUAGGGUUGGCAAAACGCAUAUGUUUCUUUCUCUCUUUUUUUGGUUUUCUUUUUUCUAAAGCAUUUUGUUGGCAUUUGCCAUCCAUGGAUGAGUUUUCUCUCUGAGGUGGGGGAGGGGGACUUGGUUUCAUCAGCAUAGUACUAUUAUAAUAGUAGGUAGUAUAAGGUUGGGCAUAUCAUAUGGCUGUUUCCUCAGUUUUUGAUUCUUUCUGAAAAGGAAUCUGAACAUAUAUAGCUUAUGCUCUUCCUUAUUGUUAUUAUUUUUUUCUCU